GGAACAGACGCCAUGCGCUCUCUUCGCUGCUCGAGCCUGAAUAAGGCUGUCUUGAUCCACCAUGCCCGUUGCCAGAAGUUGGGUUUGUCGCAAGACAUACGUCACCCCCCGCCGCCCCUUCGAGAAGUCUCGUCUUGACCAGGAGCUCAAACUCAUCGGUGAGUAUGGUCUGAGGAACAAGAGAGAGGUCUGGCGGGUGAAGUUCACUCUGGCUAAGAUCCGCAAGGCUGCCAGGGAGCUGCUCACUCUGGAUGAGAAGGACCCCAAGCGGUUGUUUGAAGGUAACGCCUUACUCAGGCGCCUGGUGAGGAUCGGUGUGCUCGAUGAAGGCAAGAUGAAGCUGGAUUACAUCCUGGGCCUGAAGGUGGAGGACUUCCUUGAACGCAGGCUCCAGACGCAGGUCUUCAAGCUGGGCCUGGCCAAGAGCAUCCACCAUGCCCGUGUGCUCAUCCGCCAGAGGCACAUCCGAGUCCGCAAACAGGUGGUGAACAUCCCAUCCUUUGUGGUCCGCCUGGACAGCCAGAAACACAUUGAUUUCUCCCUGCGCUCUCCAUAUGGUGGUGGACGCCCUGGCCGUGUCAAGAGAAAGAAUGCCAAGAAGGGCCAGGGUGGAGCUGGAGGUGCUGAUGAUGAGGAGGAGGAUUAAACUGCACUUCUUAAAGGGAGCUGUGUUGGACAUCUGUACUGCUUCCAUAACUACAAUAAAAUUUGUUGACAAA